UUUUUCUCAGCUCCUUAUGGAAAGGGGUCACGUAAUAAAUAACACUGUGCACGGUCUACUUCUAUUCCUGCACCAUCAUGGCGCUUCCGCAUCGUCACAUCCCCAUGUUUCGCUACAUCUGCACGACCUUCCUCCCGGCAUGCUUUGCGCCGCUGCCCAGCGCUAGGCUGCAGCGAUUUGAUUCUAUUGGUUGCUGCGCUCUGGCCGGAAGUUGUCUUUGUUCCCCGGCAAAUUUAAAUGUUCCUUCCGUCAGAUGUAGUAGGCUCUGCCCAGUGUCCUGCGGAGCAGCGGCGGCUCAUUGACUGUACGUGCUGCGGAUCGGAGCCGGUGACAGACCUUUUGCUUAGAAAUUGAGACCUAAAGAUAUGGCUAUGGACGAUUAUGAGGAACUACUCAAGCAUUACGAACUACAUGAGACCAUCGGUACAGGAGGAUUUGCUAAAGUUAAGCUUGCAACUCAUCUUCUGACUGGUGAGAAAGUAGCCAUCAAGAUCAUGGACAAGGAGUCUCUAGGGGAUGAUUUACCUCGCGUCAAGACAGAAAUUGAUGCAAUGAAGAAUUUGAGCCAUCAACAUGUUUGUAGACUCUAUAAUGUUAUUGAGACCCCAAAGAAGAUGUUCAUGGUUCUCGAGUACUGUCCAGGUGGGGAACUAUUUGAUUACAUUAUUGCUAAAGACCGCCUAACCGAAGAAGAAGCCAGGGUGUUUUUUCGGCAGAUUGUAUCUGCUGUUGCAUAUAUUCACAGCGAAGGAUAUGCACACAGAGAUCUAAAACCAGAAAAUCUUCUUAUUGAUGAGGAUCAUAACUUGAAACUAAUAGACUUUGGGCUCUGUGCAAAGCCAAAGGGAGGAAUGGAUUAUCACUUAAUGACCUGUUGUGGAAGCCCAGCAUAUGCAGCUCCUGAACUUAUACAGGGGAAAGCUUAUAUUGGCUCUGAGGCAGACAUAUGGAGCAUGGGAGUGCUGAUGUACGCUCUAAUGUGUGGCUAUCUUCCAUUUGAUGAUGACAAUGUCAUGGUCUUGUAUAAAAAGAUUAUGAGGGGUAAAUAUGACAUCCCCAAAUGGCUUUCACCUGGGAGUGUGCUUCUGCUUAGUCAAAUGCUUCAGGUGGAUCCCAAGAGAAGGAUUUCAGUGAAGCAUCUUUUGAAACAUCCAUGGCUCAUGCAAGGUUACCACUGCCCUGUGGAAUGGUAUAGUAAAUUCCCUCUUGGCUACAUGGAUGAAGACUGCAUUACGGAGCUAUCUGUAUAUUACAAGCGCAGUAAAGGGAGCAUGUCUGGUCUGAUCUCUGAGUGGAAUUAUGAUCAGACUACUGCCACCUAUCUACUGCUUCAAACCAAGAAGAGUCGCGGAAAGCCUGUUCGAUUAGUACGCUCUUCAGCUGCUCUUGAGCCCUCCGUUUCAAGCUUUAAGGAGCUUAGGGCACGAAACAAGUUAAAUUUUGAAGAAGCGGAAAAUGGUGAACUGCCGUAUGUUUUUGGAUCCAUGGAUUUCUCAGAUGAUGAUGAAAUGUUUUUUGAAGACUGCACAUACAGUGGGGUAGAACCGCUCACUAUAAAAGAGCGCACUAAAUUCCGUGCUGAAUUGAAUAGUGGGGAUUCUGCACCUUCAACACCAUUGAAGCAAAAGGCUUAUAUAAGCAUAGCGGAUGAUAAAGAAAAUGCCAGCGCCAAGAAAUCAAAGUAUGAAGGUCCAUUUUUACAUCCAGCGCCAUGGACUCCUAGCACUAAGAGGAAGGGUAUACUUACAACCCCCAACAACAACAUUCUGGCACCAGGAAAAGAAAAAUAUUCUACAGACAAGGACACUCCUAUAAAGAGAGCUGCUCAGGCCAGCAGUGAGACUACCUCUGGAAUAAGUCCAGAUAGACGCUGUCGCUCAGUGGAUCUGGACUUGAAUCAAGCACAUCUGGAUAGUGCUCAGAAGAAAAAAGGUGCAAAGGUAUUUGGGAGUCUGGAAAGAGGACUUGAUAAAGUAAUAACUAUGUUAACGCCAAGCAAACGAAAAGGAUGCACAAGAGAUGGACCCAGAAAGCUCAGGGCACAUUACAAUGUAACCAUGACAAAUCUGCUGAAUCCUGACCAGCUGCUGAAUGAAAUAGUCAGAGUGCUGCCACAGAAGAAUGUUGACUAUGUACAGAAAGGGUAUACGUUGAAAUGUAAAACUCAGUCGGACUUUGGAAAGGUGACAAUGCAAUUUGAACUAGAAGUGUGCCAACUAAACAAGCCCGAUGUAGUAGGAGUAGGGAUCAGAAGACAGCGGCUUAAAGGUGAUGCCUGGGUAUACAAGAGACUAGUAGAAGACAUUCUGUCAAGCUGCAAGGUUACAGUCGUCUAGGAACUAUGGAGAAUUGUUUCACAGUGUACAUAAAAUAUCCGUCUAAUAUCCCUGUUCUGUAUUAUAGUCUGUAAACUAAAUGUCUGGGAUCUAGCUAGCUAUGGGAGUCCUAAUCAUGUAGAUACUUGUAAAGUAAAAUUCUGUCUUUUUAAUUGUGACCUUUUUAUAAAUGUUUGUCAUUUGUUCCAUUUAAAAUAAAAAUAAUUUUACCAAUAUCGGAGUGUCUGUUAACAGUCCUUGCACCCACAUCUCCAUAGAUGUAGCCGUGGCAAUCUCCCCUCUGAACAUGGACUGUUUGCUAGGACAUGGGUGUUGGCGCAUUUGCAUAAUUCUUUAGCUGUCUUUGGUUCUUAAGUAGGAUUUAUUGAGGUCGUUAAUUAAGCCACAGCUGUGGUUACUAGAGUUAAACUGUAUGCUCAAUAUGUGGAGAGAAAUAGGAUUGACUCCAAGAAAUGUAUUCUUCAGUCAACAAAAUGCCAGGCUUCCAACUAUGAAGCUGAAUGCCUUGUAAUGAAAUGUAAAUUCAUUACUUUGGUCUAAGACCAAUGCGUAAUGAUCAGAACUGUGAAUGCUUCUUGCUAAUCUCUCAUGAAAGGUCAUCAAAGCCUUCACAUUACUAUCCUUGUAGU